AUGACAGAUAAUAAAAAGAAAAUGGAUAAUCAAGAGAAAACAAGGAGGAAAGAUUAUCCAAAUUCUGAUGGCAAAGUACACAUGGUAUUGGAUCAGUUUAUUCAAUACUUAUAUUCUCUUGUUUUUGUACAACAGAUCCUUAACAUAUAUAAUCGGAUCAAAUAUAGCAGCAAAAAUCUGGAAAAAACAUUUGACAGAAUUGAAGAAGGGUUCAAAGUAGCGUAUGUUCAUUCACUGGAUCUUUAUAAUCGAUAUCAACAGACUAGUGUGAAUGAUCAAGCAAAACAUGUAUUGGAAACCGUGUUUACAUUUGGACUAAGUAUUAUCGUAAUAAUGAUACAGCUUAAUCUAACAGUCUUAAUUGCUAUAAUUACUAUGCUCUUCAGCGCCAUAUUUAGUGGAAAAGAAACACUGGAGCAUGCUUUCCAAUCAACAUCGAAUGCACAAGCAACAGCUCGACAAAUGGUAACCGAUUUGUCUGAAAAAGUGCAACAAAUUUCACGAGCUUCUACUGAAAAAGCUGAGCAGCAAGCGAAUCGCAUCUUGGAUGAGGCCAACAGGGUAGCCCAUUUAACAAUGGGUGUAUCAGACGAAAGCAAUGAUAUCGAGAGAACACCUUGGAAUCGUUUCCAAGAUCUUAGUCAUCGUAUCUUGGAAAAUUCGAAGAAUCGUGUUGGAGGACUUUUAUGGACGAAAUUUGAUGCACAGAGCAUUGUGGAAUGCUUGAGUAAUUCCAUUUCACUGGCUGACAUGAUACGUAAAAAUAAGUCAUGGGCUGCUGGUAAGGUUGGAGAGUUACGAACAUCGCUGAAUGAGUUGAAGGUAUCUUUGGAGAUGGAAGGAGAACGUUUGAAAAAGAAUCCCGAAGAAAUGCUGAUGCACUAUCUACAACAAACUUCAUCUAUUUUACCUGAGCGACUUCGCAUGUUGGAAGAAACGACUGGAAAAGUGCUGAGUGAACAAGCCUCAAGAAAACUAGUUACUCUAAUAUCUUAUAUCGAACAACUGAAUGAAAAGCUGAUGGAAGCUGAUAAUGUACACGAAUUGAAAGAUGAAGUUCUCAAGGAGGCACAUGACCGUCUAAUUGAUUUGCUGCAGUGGUUAACAGAUCACGCAGAUUACGGUGAAAAUGCUGCGGAAAAUUUGGAAUCGGUCAAUGAAGAGUCAAACUAAUUAAAAUGACUGUGAUUAGUUAUUAACCGCGUCUAUUUACACUACUUCAUACCCUCUCAUUUCUAUUCAGGCAAAUCAAAAAAUAUUUUCCACUAUGCUGACUUUCAGUAGUAUGCGCACUCAAGAAACGGCAUGAAAAUUUAAUAAAUUUGAAAAUC